CCGACAGAUCGCCUCUCCGUCGACGUCGCCGCCCCUUCUCUGCCGGUCGGUCUCGCGUGUGCUUGGCGUGUGUCAUCGCGGGUCGCCCGUCCGAAUUGUACCGAAUUUGAAUUCGAUUUCGGUCGUUCGUUCCCCACGCUCACCCUCAUCAACCCUUAUUCGAUUUUCGCGUAGAUUCUGUAGUGAAAAAUUACAAAGAAAAUCUCAUUCGGACCGGUCGUGGAAACCAAACGAUCAUAUUGUUUUACCCGACUGCCGGCCGGGCAAAUGCCGAACGCGGCGUGGACAGCGUGAAUACCGCCAUGAUAGCGAUGAUGGAUAAUUAUUAUUUGGGCGCCUGCUAGUGAAUUGAUAAAAAACGGUUAUUGCCUUUCCACAAAAUGUCGAUGGUGUCCGCCAAGGAUCCUCCUCGAGCCGUGUUCCGGUCCGUGCUGCUGGCCAUCACCGUGCUGACGUGCUCCGUCGACAAAACAGGGUGUUCGUAUCAGGGAAACGGAGACAACAAAAACGGCGGCAGUAAUGCGAAUGCAGUGAAACCGGAUGCCGACUUGUCCGUUGGCCCGCAGUUCGACCCGGAAACGCCCAGGAACGUGACGGCUCUCGAAGGAAAGUCCGCUUACUUGACGUGUAAAGUCAACAAUCUGGAAAACAAAACGGUAUCGUGGAUACGACACAGGGACAUACACAUACUCACGGUGGGUGCUUACACGUACACCAGUGACCAGCGGUUCCAGGCUAUCCACCACAGGUCGCACUCCGACCAAUGGACGUUGCACAUCAAGUGGGCCCAAAAAAGAGACGCCGGCAUUUACGAGUGUCAAGUGAGCACACAACCGGUGCGCAGUAUAUUCGUCACUCUCAGCGUUGUCGAUUCUUCGCCGCCUUUUGACAACAAUGACAAUUUGUUAGAUAUGAUGAUAGGAGACGGCGACACUGCAGAAGUGCCGUCAGCUUCCAUAUCCGGAGGCCCUGACAUACACGUGAACGAAGGAAGCACCAUAAAUUUGACGUGCGUUGUCAAGUUUAGCCCGGAACCGCCGGCAUACAUUUUCUGGUACCAUUACGACGAAGUAAUCAGCUACGACUCGAGUCGCGGAGGCGUGAGCGUUGUAACAGAAAAAGGAGACGUUACGGUCAGUUAUCUGCUCAUACAGGACGCCGUGCAAUCCGACUCCGGCAAAUACUCGUGCACGCCGUCCAACGCCGACGUUUCCAGCGUGGUCGUUCACGUGUUAAACGGCGAGAGUCCGGCCGCCAUGCAGACCGGAUCGGCCGGCUUGUCCAACAGCUCCAUCACAAUACUGUGCGUUAUGAUCCUCAGCUGGACGUUCACCCGUACCGACGAUCAACUCAGAUAAUAAUGCUCCGUCGAACGAGUUCCUAUAAUAUAUAUAUAUAUAUUCUAUACAUAACAAUAUGUUAUAAAUAAUUAUAAUUAAAAAAAAAACAACGUCGAUGUACAAAAAAAAAAAAAAUUAUUAGUUAUCAUUGUCUUACAACGGGACGGCCGUAAAGAGUAUUAAUCGAUUAUACAGUAUAAGACCAUAUAUACAUUAUAUACCUAUAUGUUUUUUUUAACCGUCAAAGAAAUCGGACCUCGCGGUCCAAGAUUAGAUUGGUCAACGCCGGCGUUGUUGCCUAACUGUUGUCGUUUUUGUUAAUGUAUAUACAAGUGUGUGUGUGUGUGUAUUAUAAAUGGGUCGUGCGUUAUUUGUAUGUGUGUGUGCAGUAAGACGUGUAGGACUACAAGAAAAAAUAAUAAAUGUUGUGGCCAAAGUCGGGAAACACGAAGCCUCGCUCAUCGCAUAAGCUUAUGCGAUUUUCCGGCCGAAUGCCCGAGUUCGAAAGCCUUCGAUCGUGUAGUUUAUAUUGUAUUUUUAUUUUCAUAUUUAAUUUUUCCACCGACCGUUGACCGCAAUGACCUCGAUUGUUCCCAAUUCUGUUUAAAGUCGUCGAGUUUCAUUCUCUGUCCGUCGUCGAUAGUGGCAAUGGUGGAUUGUGAUUGGACGGGGAUGUGAAAGGGAUAGAAUUAAAAAAAAAUGUAAAGUUGUGCCGCGGUCCGGGUGUAAAUUAAAUUAACAACAAUAGAUGUUAUGGCGAUCAAAAACCGAGUUUGUAUCGAAUACAAUAAUAAUAAUAAUAAUAUUAUCAUUAUUAAAUUAGGACUUCGGUGCCGUAAAACGCCUAUAGCGCUCAAUGAUAAUUGUAUUACAUUGGUCAGUAUUGACAAUUAUUAUUAUCAAUACAAAUUAACCACCCCGUUGAUCGGAUAAUACAUUAUUCGAAUUCCCGCUUUAGCUGCAAACGCCAUGAUUAAUGGUGCCCAGACAGAGUUGUACAGAAUGAUUAAUAAUAAUAAUAACGAUAACACUGAUAAUAAUAUACAAUCCUAUUACACGGAACGUCAUGAUUAGCUUUUGUUUUGUACAAACCGUUGUUUACACAAUGACGUGUCGAGUUAGCUGUUAAUCCGCACUUAGACAGUUGUUAAACGGAUUUAGGUUGCAUUGGAGUUCAUUUUUCACCGAUGGAAAUAAAGGGAUGUGAUAAAAUAUUAUCUACUAAAAUAAAAAUAAAAACGGACAUUUUCUGGACCAACAGCAAUAAAUUACCAAUGAUACCCGGCGAGACCGUUAAUUGAAUUAAAUAAAAUAUUAUGUUGAUUAAAAAACGCAUUCAACCGUAUCGGCUUUUAGUAAAAUGUAUGUAUUGCAUUUUCAAUCGAAUCGAACUUAAUUUCAAAGCAAACGAUUUCUUAUGAUUGAAUAUAAUUACACACACUUUUGAACGUGUAGCUGUUAUUUUUUUUUUAUCAAAAGAGAAAUACAUUGGUACUUUACUUCACUUUACGCUCGUGUACGUCUCCUUGUUUAACUCUUAAAUGUAAAUAAGACUUUUCGUCAUGUUCUCCGUAAAUCGUAUUACAAAAUUAUAGCUUUACUUAUGGAUAAAAACUUGAAGUUUUUUUUUUUGGAUUUCUUGGAUAUGGUAUUUACUUAAAGAGUCGGUAACGAGGGAGUGAUAUUUUUUUUUAAACGAGUGUUCUUAUUUCCCAAAGGAAUUACAUUAUUUCUUUGGCCGGUAUAUCUAUUUUGAAUAAGCCGCGAAAAUUGCACUCGAGUUAUCUCGCUCAACAAGGAUAUUAAAACGCGUUGUGUCAUAAAUAAUGAUGCUUCCCUGACCGCUUUUUUUUUUUAUCUCGUCCCUUAGUUCAAAACGUAAUAAUGAGUUUGUUAUAAGCAAAAUUCAAACGAUUAUAUUAAAACGAUUUUCAUAAUUUUUUUUUUCACUUUAUCAAAUCCGAUAAUGUUACGUUUUUACAGUUAUCUCGACAACGAGUAGUCAACAAUUUGCACUCUGUACUUACACAAUUGUCAAUAUAUUGCCAGUUAUUUAUUUAACCAAUAACAACUUAAUAAAAUAAAACGUUUGUGCUAUGAUUUAAAUGUUAGGUUCAGCAAUAGACAGAACUGUCCGAGCGACUUCAUCGGUUAGGCUGAAUGCAAAUAUUAUUGUCUUUUAUUAUAUUUUACCCGGUUGACUUAACGAUUUGACUAUACACUUGUCUAAAUAUAAUUAUUCCCACCAGUUGAGCAUAGAAAUAAAGUACCUACAGUUUAACAAUACCUAGAUCAUUAUGUUUAAACGUGUAGCCCUAAUAGUGAGAACUGUCAUAAAUAAAAUGUUAAAACAAUAUUAUAUUCAAUAACACUUGUAUGCUACAUCUAUAUAUGAAGUUAUCAUUAUUAUAAUAAUGUUUAUAAAUACCGUUGUAACUAAUAUUGUUUUCG